GUGAUGUCACAAGGCAUGACGCUUGCAGUUCUCCUUAAGUCCCCUUCUGCACAGGUGGAGGUAGGGACCUGUCCUUUUCUCUCCCAAUCCAAUUAUGUCUUGUACUCCCCAGCGCAGUACAGAGGCCCUUGCUACCCCUGACAUAUACCCACGACCAACCAUGUCUACACUCAGCUCCGGUGUGAACAGAGUGCAGCUGUGACUCCCAGGACCGAGUGAGAGCAGAGCAGGUACACCGCCACCACCUUCGUCGUCGUCGUCAUCGUUCUGAUCCACGGAAACCAUGACGAAAACAACUACUUGCUUGUAUCACUUCGUUGUUUUGAACUGGUACAUUUUCCUCAAUUAUUACAUCCCACAGAUUGGAAAGGAUGAGGAGAAACUAAAGGAAUUCCAUGACGGUGGACGGUCCAAGUACUUGACACUCCUGAAUCUGCUCUUGCAGGCCGUUUUCUUUGGGGUCGCCUGCCUGGAUGAUGUGCUAAAAAGAGUCAUCGGAAGGAAAGACAUCAAGUUCAUCACCUACUUCAGAGAUCUGCUUUUUACUACGCUGGCUUUUCCUUUAUCCACAUUUGUAUUCUUGGUAUUCUGGUCCCUCUUCCACUACGACCGGAGCCUCGUUUACCCCAAGGGCUUGGAUGAUUUCUUUCCAGCAUGGGUUAAUCACGCAAUGCAUACCUCCAUAUUUCCCUUUUCCCUGGCUGAAACCGUUCUCAGACCACACAACUAUCCAUCGAAGAAGCUAGGACUCAGCUUGCUGGGUGCCUGUAAUUUUGCCUACAUUAUCAGGAUCCUUUGGCGCUACGUUCAGACCGGAAACUGGGUGUACCCCGUGUUUGCCUCCCUCAGCCCGCUGGGUAUUAUUCUCUUCUUCUCAGCCAGUUACAUCCUGAGUGCCAGCCUCUACCUGUUUGGAGAGAAGAUCAAUCACUGGAAAUGGGGUGCCACAGUGAAGCCACGGAUGAAGAAGAAUUGACUACACACUGUUUUCCAAGAAACAUGGAAGAAGAAACUUAAGAACUGGUCCAAUUUCUAUUAUUCUCCUUCUUCUUAUUUCUUUUUGGACCAGGGUGGAAUUGCUUGGGGAGAUAAAAAGGAUGGAGAAUGUUGCAUAGUUUUAAUAAAGAGCAUGAAGGGAGCUUGGCUUGGGAUCUCCUGGUUUUCUAAAAGACUGACCAAUAAUUCUUCACAUGUCAGAAUCUGUUAUGUUUGUCUGACCUCCAUGGGAGAUUUUGUUUCUGGCUAAAAUAAAGGCUAAAUAAGCUUAUUUUAAA